AUUUUCAGUUGGACUUACCUCCUUGGAAACGACGAAUAUCCUCGAGCACAGCAACAGACUGACAAGAGAAUCAAUUCUGUUUAUAUUUUGUUUAUUUAUUUAUUUUGCAUAACACCCCUUGUUUUUUUAAUCUAUCAACUCAUUUGUUUGACUGACUUUUGUAAAAUAUUUGGAUAAAUCCUCAUAUUUACUGUGUGCCUUCUCUCGAAAGAGGAGCUACGACAAGAACACGGUGGUGUGGCCUGUGGCCUCUAGCGUAGCUUCUUAUAAACAAUGGCUGAAGAGGGUGGUAAACCGGAAGAAUCAGGCGAAAAGAAAAUUGUUCAUGUGUAUCCGCUAGUAAAGCACACGGACAUGGUAGAGGAAAUGAGAAACGAGACUAUCGAGUUGACCAUAACUGCCUGUGAGAAAUAUGCUUCCAACUAUGAGACAGCGGCAAAAGUUAUCAAAGAGACGAUGGACAAAAAGUUUGGAACGUAUUGGCAUGUGGUGGUCGGUGAAGGAUUCGGCUUCGAAGUGUCCUUUGAGACGAAAAAUAUUUUAUAUUUAUUUUUCGGAGGCAAUUUGGCAAUCGUUGUGUGGAAGUGUUCAUGAAAAGGAAGUAAAAUCUUAAUAGCCAGUUUUUAUUUUUUGCGAACUGUUUUAAGAGUACCUUGUAAAUCGACCAAUUACAACAAUUCAAAGACUUAAAAACAAUUGACACAGAUUUCUCAGGGACACCGAUGAAUGUUUGGUCGAUAAAGAUGUGGGGAUUUGUUCGUGUGCCUGUUAAAUCUAAUCAAUACAAAACCAAUCCGCGGCCGUUUGAAAUUAAUACUUACUUACGUUGGAUUCUGAUUAUUGUGUAAAUGAUUUGUAUAUAUAUUUGUACUAAAUAAAAUAGUAUUUUUAUAUAGAAAAUAAUUAAUAAAAAGUAUUAUGGCAAUGC